AUGGCUCCAAUAGACAAGUACGACAUCGUCAUCAUCGGCGCCGGUCCAGUCGGCCUCCUCCUCUCGACAUGCCUCGCACGAUGGGGAUACAAGAUCAAGCACAUCGACAUGCGACCCGAACCGACCCUCACCGGACGCGCCGACGGCAUCCAACCACGAUCACUCGACCUCCUGCGAAACAUGGACCUCAAACGACCCAUCAUGGCCAACGAGCCCGCGAAAGUGUACGAGGUGGCAUUUUGGGAUCCGUCAGAAAGUGGGAUACAGCGAACGGGAACGUGGGCGUCGUGUCCGAAGUUCAUCGAUGCGAGGUAUCCGUUCACGACGUUGUUGCAUCAGGGGUUGAUCGAGAGGGUGUUCAUCAAUGAUUUGGAGAAGCAUGAUACGAGGAUACAACGGCCUUGGAGGAUCACGGGGUUUAAGAAUGAUGGCAAGGAUGAGGAGUAUCCUGUUGAGGUCAGCAUCGCGCACGUGGAUGGAGAGAAGCAAGGGCAGGAGACUGUGAGGGCGAAGUAUUUGUUUAGUGGAGAGGGUGCGAGGAGUUUUGUGAGGGAGCAGUUGGGCGUGAAGAUUACGCAUAAGGAUCCUAUUGCGUAUGUUUGGGGUGUGAUGGAUGGUGUGGUGCGGACGGACUUUCCUGAUAUCAAGAUGAAAUGCACCAUCCAUUCAGACGCCGGCUCGAUCAUGGUCAUCCCUCGCGAGAAUAACAUGGUUCGGUUGUACAUUCAAAUAGCUUCAUCUACCGACGCAGACUGGAAUCCUCGGAAGUCUGCUACAACCGAAGAAGUCCAAGCAGCUGCGAAGCGGAUCAUGAAGCCUUACUACGUCGAGUGGGAUCGCGUGGAAUGGUAUUCCGUCUAUCCCAUCGGUCAAGGAAUCGCGGACAAAUACACACUCGACGAGCGGGUUUUCAUGGGCGGUGACUGCUGCCAUACGCAUUCUCCCAAGGCUGGUCAAGGCAUGAACACUGCUUUCCUGGAUGCGCAAAACCUGGCGUGGAAGAUUCAUCACGUAGAGUCUGGAUUUGCUGAUCGAUCGAUUCUGAAGUCCUACGAGAGCGAGCGGAAAUAUGUUGCAGAGAACCUUCUCAACUUUGACGCUGAAUAUGCGAAACUCUUCUCACAAAAGCAACCUUCGGCGGACGAUAUCAAAACAGCCAGCAAACAGAGCAGUGGUGAUAGCCAUGGCGAGGAGAAUUCCUUCAUCAAGAAGUUCAAGGAGUCUUGCGAGUUCACUUCAGGAUACGGCGUGGCUUACCUCGAAAACGUCUUCAACUGGUCGGAGAAUCAUCCUGCAAAACAUCCACUCUUCCUCUCCGCAGAAAAAGGCACGACAGCACUACGGUCAGGAAGGAUAUUGAUGCCAGCGACUGUGACACGAGUAGCCGACGCCAAUGUGGUGCAUCUCGAGCAAGAAAUCCCACUGAACGGCUCCUACAGAAUCUUCCUCUUCGGCGGCAAACCCUCAAAAACGAAGAAGGCCAUCGCCGACUUCGCCAAAAACAUACAGAAGAAGGGUUCCUUUUACUCCGUCUACGCACGAGAAGACAUCGACACGGUCAACUACCACGAGCGACACAACCCACACAGCCACUUCUUCACCAUCAACACCAUCUUCAACGCUCAUCGUCCCGAAAUCGAAAUCCGUGAACUCCUCCCUUCAUUACUCUCUCGCUACCACGACCACGUCUACGCGGAUGAUGUGUGGGAUCAGAGAGUACCGGACGCGGAAGCAGCGGCGCACGCGAAGAUGGGGUUGUCGCAGGAGGAGGGCGGGGUUGUCGUUGUGAGGCCGGAUGGGUAUGUGGGUUGUGUGGUGAAGUUGGAGGAGGGGAGUGGGACGGUUGAUGCGCUGAAUGAUUAUUUUGGGGCGUUUUGUGCGAGGAAGAUUGGUGGAGAGAGGGCGGUGUUGUGA